AUGGGUCAAAACCUUAUUCUUAACAUAGCCGACCACGGAUUCACAGUCGUUGCAUAUAACAGAACUGUUGCAAAAGUAGAUCAUUUCUUAGCAAAUGAAGCUAAAGGAAAAAAUAUUGUCGGUGCUAGUUCCAUUCAAGAUCUUGCCCAAAAAUUAAAAAAGCCACGAAAAGUCAUGCUUUUGGUUAAAGCUGGUCAAGCUGUUGACGAUUUUAUUGAUCAAUUACUUCCUUAUCUUGACAAAGAUGAUAUUAUUAUUGAUGGUGGUAAUUCGCAUUAUCCAGACACUAUUCGUAGAUGUAAAUACUUGGAAGAAAAAGGUUUAUUAUUUGUUGGUUGCGGUGUAUCUGGCGGUGAAGAUGGUGCUCGUUAUGGUCCAUCUCUUAUGCCUGGAGCAGCCAAGGCUGAUAACGAACCAUGUUGUGAUUGGGUUGGUGAAUCUGGUGCAGGUCAUUAUGUUAAAAUGGUUCAUAAUGGUAUCGAGUAUGGUGAUAUGCAACUUAUUUGUGAAGCAUAUCAUUUGAUGAAGGAAGGAGUUGGUCUCACAAAUGAUCAAAUUGGUGAUGUGUUUGAAGAGUGGAAUAAGGGUGAAUUAGAUUCAUUUUUGAUUGAAAUCACUAGAGAUAUCGUGAGAUAUAAAGACACUGAUGGUACUCCCCUAGUAGAAAAAAUUAGGGAUACUGCAGGCCAAAAAGGUACUGGCAAAUGGACAGCAAUAAAUGCGCUCGAUCUUGGAAUGCCACUUACACUUAUAGGCGAAGCUGUAUUUGCUCGUGCACUUUCAGCUUUGAAGAGUGAACGUGUACGUGCAAGUAAAAUUUUAAAAGGUCCUGAACGUGUGGCUUUCGCUGGUGAUAAAAAAGAUUUCAUUAAACAAAUAGGCCAAGCUUUAUAUGCUUCCAAAUUGAUCUCAUAUGCUCAAGGCUUUAUGCUUAUGCGUGAAGCUGCUAAAGAAUACAAGUGGGAUUUAAAUUAUGCUGGUAUUGCUUUGAUGUGGCGUGGUGGUUGCAUUAUUCGUGAUAUUAAAAAUGCAUAUACCAAUAAUCCAAAUCUUGAAAAUCUUCUUUUCGAUCCAUUCUUUAAGGAUGCUAUUGAAAAAGCACAACAUUCAUGGCGUAAAGUAAUUUCAGAAACAGUUCUACUUGGUAUUCCUACUCCCGCAUUUGCAUCAGCACUUUCAUUUUAUGAUGGUUAUAGACAUGAAAAACUACCUGCUGGUCUUCUUCAAGGAAUGCGCGAUUAUUUCGGUGCUCAUACAUUCAGAUAUCUUGAUGAAUAUACCGAUGAAAAUCAUCCUAAAGAUCAAGAUGUUCAUGUUAAUUGGACUGGUCAUGGUGGAGCUGUUAGCGCUUCCUCUUAUCUUGCCUAA